AUGAAGAACACUGACCACCUCAAGUCCCUCAUAGGCGACCUGGAGGCGUAUGAGCGGGAGCUGAAGGAGAAGGUGCUGCAGAAGGAGGUGGAGCUGCAGCAGCUGCUGCAGCGACUUGGCCCUGCCACUGCCACUGUCACUGCUGGCUGCUGCUCCUCGGCUGCGUUGUCGGGCCCGUGGCGGCUUUGCGUAGCGCGCGCAGAGGCCGCGGGGAGGGCGGUCACUGGGGCGGCGGCGGCGUCGCCUUCCCCAUGUAUUACAGACGAGAGACGGCGCAUUCCCCUCACUCUCAGCGGCAGAGGGUCGCUUGGGAACGGCCAUGCUGAGAAGCACGAUGCGCCCCAAAAGAAGGACACAUCCGCCUCCAUCGACAUUGACGCGCUUUCUUCCAUAUCGCGCGCCAGUACCUCCUCCGUGGAGUCCGCCGAUGCCCUCUCAAAGGCGCGGCAGCUCCUGGCUGCGAUCGACACUGCAAAGGGUAGGCCAGCGCGCCGGGUGCGUUUUGCAAGUCGAAGCCCACAAGUUGUGUCGAGCGCCCUACAAGGUUCGGCCCCUGCGGGUCCCGCGAAGGGAGCGGCGCAGGGAAAGCCGCGUGGAACCCCGUUGCCGCAGUCCCAGGCACCGCAGGCUCUCCCUCGAGAAGACGGCGGUGCAAGCAGCAACGCGGUUGCCGUACCCAUGCGAGACAACUCCGCUUCACCACUGUCUCAAGCUGCUCCGGGAGCCGGAAUCCGUGCGGAUUCGCCGGACCGUGUCCUUGCCGAUGAUGACGGGCCAUGCUAUGUCCGACGACGUCAACAACAGCAGGAAGAAGAACGGAGAAGGAAGGCGCAGCGAGGUCGGCCCCAGAGCUCUAAUAGUGAUGAAACCUUUGCUGUGGGAAAUAUUUCGACGGCGGUGGAGCUGACGAGGGUUGCUUCUCCAUCAGACUCUGACCUGCCAUGCGCACUACGCCGCUACAGGAGUGACAGCAGUCAGCGGCAGCAAGUCUGCCUUGGUCCUCCUGAAAAGCGCCGACAAAACUCCGCCUCUCCUAGUCUCAGCGCUGCUCGGCCGCAUCCUGUAAGUGAAGCCCAGGUAGAGGGCAGGGGUGCUGGUAUCGUUCUCGCCUGCGGUCCCACGCUCUUCUUCGACUGA